ACAAUUCCUAAGCAAGAAUAAGCCUUAGCUUCCAUCUCGUACGUGCUACAUCUCAAAUAUUGUCCAAUUAUAUGGUCCAUAUUAUGCCGCUAAAAGUAGCUUUAGCCAUUAUAGUUGUAGUCUUAGCUGCUUCUCCAUUGGCGUGUGCAUCAGAUCCCGACAAGUUGCAGGACUUUUGUGUGGCUGUCAAGGAUUCUGAGGCUAGUGUGUUUGUGAAUGGAAAGAUUUGCAAGGACAUAACAAAAGUAAGCGUUGACGAUUUCUACUUGCAAGCCCGAUUUAACAUCCCAUGAAACACAUCAAACCGAUUAGGCUAUGGACCAACACUAAUAGCAAUUGAAAGCCUGGCAGAACACGAUGGGUGUUUCAAUAGAGCGUGAUGACUUUGGACCCUACAGAGUGAGCACUCCCCACUUCCAUCCUCUAGCAACCGAGGUCGUCACGGUGUUAGAGGGAACGGUAUAUGUUGGAUUCAUUGACUCGAGGAACAAAUUGUAUGACAAGACGCUUCUUCCUGGAGACAUUUUUGUCUUGCCGAAAGGACUCAUUCAUUUUUUGUACAACACUGGAGAUCGCAAUGCAGCUGUGUUUGCUGCUUUUGGCAGCCAAAACCCAGCAUCCAUCCAUUUACCCAACAAUAUUUUUGGCAGCGAUCCUCCCAUUCUUCCUGAGAUUCUUAGCAAAGCUUUUCUAUUAGACAAGAAUGUGAUUAGUCGUAUCCAAUCACAGAUUCGGUCAGAAUUAUCAGAGUGAGACCAGCAUGUUCUCAUGCACGCAUGCAGCCAAUCCGAGAGAAGCUAGUGGUUAUUAUCAUUAAUUAAUUAUGCAUGCAUGCCCAAUCUCAAUAUUUAUACUCUGCAAUACCUAUAUUAAUUAAAUAAAUCUCUCUCUCAAAAUAAAUGAUCGGGACAUCUACGAAACAUUCGUCAAUUCUGAGGUAAACAUCCCACUCUUCAAACUGAUCAAAAGUGUUCCCCGUUAUGCAAAGUUCUUAAAGGAACUAUGCACAAUGAAAAAGAAAAAUAAACUGGAAGGAAAACAAAAAGUUGAAGUGAGUGAACGUGUCUCGACCAUUUUUAAAAAGAAACUCCCUGAGAAAUGUAGCGAUCCAGGCAUGUUCAUUAUUCCUUGCAAAAUAGGGGAUACCUUAUUUUCUAAGGCCUUGUUGGAUUUAGGAGCGUCAAUAAAUGUCAUUCCUUUUUCCUUAUAUAAAUCCUUACAACUCGGCCCACUACAUCAAACUGGUGUAGUGAUUCAACUAGCGGUUCGGUCUAAUACUUACCCGAAGGGUGUAGUAGAAGAUGUGCUAGUAGAAGUAGAAAAUUUGAUUUUUCCUGUUGAUUUUUAUGUUCUGGAAAUGGGAGAUGAUAAUCAAACUACACCCAUCCUCUUGGGUAGGCCUUUUCUGAAAACCGCAAAAACAAAAAUAGACGUGUCUAAUGGUUCAUUAACUUUAGAGUUUGAUGAUCAAAAGGUAGAAUUCAACAUUUUUGAUUCUACGAAAAAACAAAUUAAAGACCAAUCUCUUUGUGCUCUAAAUGUUUGUGAACCACAAACCCCGAAUAUUUUUGUUGAGAAAAAAAAAUGAGAAAAUCAAACUUUUUGAAAAAGAAGAAUUAUUCAAAUUUUCAAAAAGAGAAUGGAUCCCACCCGGGAUUAAAGUGAUACCAGAAAAGAAAUCCCGACCUUACUGGAGAAGGCCGAAAAAGAAAAAUAUAACAAGGGAUGUUCACGAUCCCACAUAAAGGAAAAAUAAAUAUAUAACGUCGUGCCGCGACAUUAAAUCAAGCGCUUCUUGGGAGACAACCCAAUUUCUUCAUUUUUUUUAUUUUUUUAGUGUGUGUUUUUAAAAAAUAAAAUAAAAUAAAAUAAAAUAAAAAAAUGAACUGGGAUUGGACCCGGCCGGGUAAAUACCCUAACCCGGUCGGGUCACUUCUAUAAACUAAACACCCGGGCAACCACCCGGCCGGGCAACCCAGCCAAAUCUUUCUGCCUCGGGUGAACAAGUUACACCCGACCGGGUACACCACUUUACCCGGCCGGGCUACCGAACACAAAACAUUCUGCCUGGGCAAAUAGCGUUCACCCGACCGGGUAAACUACCCUACCCGACCGGGUGAACGGGAAAUCACAGAAUAACAGGUCGGGCUCACCCCCUUCCCCUCCCACUUCUUCUUCCUCCCCACGAAAAAUUCCCCAAACUCCUCCAUUUUUACACACCAAAAUCUUCGAUUCUACACCAUUUCUCCACCAAAUCCACUAAAUAACACCAUAAUCUUCAUCUCCUCAACCUUGUCAACACACCCAUACCCAUAAAAUCCCAUUUUCUUCCCCAUUUGCAAAAAUCCGAAACCCUAACCCCCAAUACCCCAAAGUUCCGAUUUUUCUACAAAAAAUCCCAAGAAAUCCAAAUUUCUUCUCCUAAUAAUCAUCCUCUCCACUCUCACAACCCCAAAAUACCCAAGACCCACCAAAAUCCCAAAGUUCCAAACCCCACCCUACCCAAGUCCGAAAAUCACAAAAAAAAAAUCCAAAAAAAAAAAAAAUUUGAACUUCAAUGGCUCCAAGAAAGUCAAAAGCCUCUUCCUCAAGGGGAAAUCGAGCUAUCCCACCGGUAGCGGGCUAUGAGAGCGUGGAGUUUGCUACGGAGGCUCAACGGAACAACUUCAUCAACCAAUCAAAAAGGGAGGUAAAGCAAUCCCGUUUUAUGUGCUUAACUACUUUAGCGCUACUAUGGAUUGAUACUGUGAUGCGUGACAUAUUUGCAAGAAUUGGAAUAUCUAGAAUGUUUGAAAUGCAUUAUGUGACAUAUCCUCAUUUGGGGUAUGAAUUUUUUAGCUCAUUUGCGUAUACAAAAGAUGUGAAUGAUCAUGCAAAUGACAUAAUCACCUUUCGUUUACUAAAUGAGGAUCGUUCAUUAACCAAACGAGAAUUUGUUCAACAUUUUGGUCUCCCAUGGUUUGAUGAAGCACGUACAUAUGAUUCUCUUGUGGGGUAUGAAUUGCGGAGAAGAAUGACCGGAAAGAAUGUGGUUGAUCUAUCUAAACUGAGUGUGAAUCGUGUGCAACAUCCGGUCUUCCGACUAUUCUUAAAAUUUUGCUCAAAUUGUUUCCUCGGAAGACCGAAUAAUCAUCACACACGUAUCUGGGAUGUGUGUGUUCUAGCACAAGCUGUUUUGCCGGGUCCAAAUCAAGUUGAUGUUGCCACCAUCUUAUGGACUCAUUUCAACAACGUGGCAACAUCAACAUGACCAAUUGCUAUGGGGGGCCUCAUCACACAUCUAGCCACUUUAUAUGGUUUUAUAGACCCCGGCCCCAUCACCUCAAGACACCUUAUUUGCACUGAAUGGCUUUUACAAAAGACGCUAGACUUGGUCCCCUCGCACACAACACCAACUGGGGCACACAUCUAUAAUUGGCGCAUUCUCCCACACACUUCCAUCUACCUCCAGAUACCCUCAGCCGACGUCCCCCUGGAUAUCAUCAAUCACCAAAUCGGGGAUGGUCAUCACUAUUGUCUUCCCGGGGCAAUCCCGGAUCAUUAUGAAGAACCCAUCCACGAUGACGAUGAUGAAGAACCCCCAAUCAUACCCGAACAACCACAACCUCAAGCAUUCCACUACACACCUUUCGAGCAACAAAUGCUCGAUAACAUGGUCACGCUCAACCAGAGCAUUGUGAGGAUGGAGGAGCAGCGGCAAGCAGACUGGCGUAGGUAUGAGGAAGACAGACGGAGAUCUGAGGAGGAUCAACGUAGAACCUUUGGUCCGAUAUACUCAUAUAUAGCACACCAGGGCUCCUUUUCCUCUAUGACCACUCCACCUCCUGCACCAUCAUGGUAUGACCCCUCUCAGUGGGAUUUCUUUGGAGGAUCGAGCUUCGGUGGUGGAGGCUACGAUGGUGGUUAUGGCGGGGAUCACAUGGAUGAGGACGGACACACGGUUGGAGGUCUAGGCGGACACUAGGGACAGUGUCAGAUCCUAAGUGUGGGGGUGAAGAGAUCUUCCCGGUAUGUUCACAUUCACACUCUUUAUUCUUGUUAUCUCAAAAAAAAAAACGAAAGCUUGUUGAGUUGAAAACCCACAAAGGGCAGCUUAAGCAAAAAUAAAGCAAAAAUAAGAGUGAGUUUGUGAGAUUUGAGAAAAAAUAAAAAAAAAUAAAAAUAAAAAUAAAAAAAUGUGGGAAGCUGGGUUGAAAACCUGAAAGGGCACCUAGGCAAAAUGAGAGAAUGAGAGAAAGUUAUUUCUUUUGAUUUUGCAGGAUCCUGAGGGCGAUUACUAUUGAGAGUUCGGAUUAAAAUUGAAGACCCAUCUUUACUCUUUUUGUUUUGGAGAUACUUUAUGUAUUUGUUAUAAACACUUGUGGAUGUUGGUGUUGCUACUCUUGUCAUUUAGGACUUCUUGGAUUUGAUUUGAUUUACUCGAGACGAGUAAAGGUUUAAGUGUGGGGGUGUUUGAUGCACACUAAUUAGUAGUGCAUAAUUACAUGUUUUUAUGUUUGAUUUAUGUUAAUUGUUUGACGUUUUAUUUAGUUUUUAAACAUUUAUGUGAUUUCAAUUGUAAUUGUAUCUUAGUCUUUAUUUGUCAGUUGUAAAGUUUAGUUAGGAUUUGUGGUUUUGGAAAGGGAGACUUUGAAGUAAAGAAAAAGAAGAUUUGGUUGCCCAGGAGCAAACACCCGACCGGGUAUACUACCUCACCCGGCCGGGUAAGAAGUGAAAAACGAAAAUGCAAAGAAAGUGCAUGGCCCGGUCGGGCCCACUACCUCACCUAGUCGGGUGAGAAGUGACCGGGGACAACCCGGUGUGCAAAGAUCACCCGAACGUGAAGAAUAUCCAAUUUUUGCACUCACCCGGUCGGGUCCCCUACCCCACCCGGUCGGGUCUGACUUGACCCGGACACUUUAACAUGCUAAAGAUCGCCAGAACGUGGAGGAUAUUUGAUUUUGACAUGGACCCGGUCGGGUACCCGGCCAAAGGUGUUGAAAAACACCUAUAAAUAGCACACUUUUUGUUCACAAAGCCCGAUUUAACAUCCCACGAAACACAUCAAACCGAUUAGGCUAUGGACCAACACUAAUAGCAAUUGAAAGCCUGGCUGGACUAAACAUGAUGGGUGUUUCAAUAGGGCGUGAUGACUUUGGACCGUACGGAGUGAGCACUCCCCACUUCCAUCCUCUAGCAACCGAGGUCGUCACGGUGUUAGAGGGAACGGUAUAUGUUGGAUUCAUUGACUCGAGGAACAAAUUGUGUGCCAAGAUGCUUCUUCCCGGAGACAUUUUUGUCUUGCCGAAAGGACUCAUUCAUUUCUUGUACAACACUGGACAUCGCAAUGCAGCUGUGUUUGCUGCUUUUGGCAGCCAAAACCCAGCAUCCAUCCAUUUACCCAACGAUAUUUUUGGCAGCGAUCCUCCCAUUCUUCCUGAGAUUCUUAGCAAAGCUUUUCUAUUAGACAAGAAUGUGAUUAGUCGUAUCCAAUCACAGAUUCAGUCAGAAUUAUCAGAGUGAGACCGGCAUGUUCUCAUGCAUGCAUGCAGCCAAUCCGAGAGAAGCUAGUGGUUAUUAUAAUUAAUUAAUUAUGCAUGCAUGCCCAAUCUCAAUAUUUAUACUCUGUAAUACCUAUAUUUAUUAAAUAAAUCUCUCUCUCAAAAUAAAUGUAAGGGACGGAGCCAAGACAUAGUAUGAGUGGUGUCAAAGUAAUAUUAUAAUGAAAAUUGUCUUAAA